UUCUAGAGCUUUGCCAAAAAAGAAAGACUAGCUCGAAGGCCCAAGUAAUCAAAAAAAGGCAACAGCUACACUGACUGACUUGACUCUUACUUCUCUUGAAGUCUUGAUCCUGGCGUUCUCUCAUAAUAAUUUCUUCAUUUCAUUAUAAAGGUUGCACACACACAACUCACCGAGGCACCGAGCCGAUCAAGGAUUGCGCGGCGUCGCCGGCGCCCGGGAUGGCCGGCAUUUCAAGCGCCACCUCCUGCGCUCUCCUCCUCCACCUCGUCAUCUUCUUCUUCCACCUUCCUACUCCUGCCGUCUCCUUGUCCUUCAACUACUCCACGUUCAGCUUGGCGGACCAGAACUCCAUCAAGGUCGAAGGCAACGCAUCCUUCGGCGACGGAUGGAUCGACAUCAGCGCCGACAGGUACGUCGGCAGCAUCGACAACAGCACUGGCCGGGCGUCCUACAGCUCCCAGCCCGUGCCGCUCUGGGACAAGGCGACCGGCGAGGUGGCCAGCUUCACCACGCGCUUCGACUUCACCAUCGUCGGCGACAAGAACAACAAGGGGCAAGGCAUGGCCUUCUUCCUCGCCGGCUACCCGUCUAGCCUGCCGGACCGCUGCCCCGUCUAUGCCUUCGGCCUCGCUAACCAGAGCGCGGACGCCGUGGCGUCCGGCGACGGCCGGUUCGUGGCGGUGGAGUUCGACACCUUCAACAAUUCAAUAAUAUCCGACCCCAACCAGACCUACGACCACAUCGGCAUCGACGUCAACUCCGUCAGAUCGAUGAGCACGCUGACUUUGCCGAGUUUCGACCUCAUGAACAACCUCACCGCCGCCAUCGAGUAUGACGGCGUUUCCAGCGUCUUAUCGGUGACGGUAUGGCUUGGUGAUGAUAAUAAAGGCCAGCCGAGAGGCCAGAGUUUCAACCUCAGCUCCAAGGUUGACCUCAAGAGCGCACUGCCGGAGCAGGUUUCCGUUGGCUUCUCCGCGUCCACGUCCACCUCCUUCGAACGGCAUCAGCUACGCUCUUGGUAUUUCAACUCUUCGUUGGAAUCACGGCCACCACCACCACCAGCACCAUCCUCCUCGCCAAGGCCAAGUUCUGGAGUUAUAGCCGGAGCUGCUGCAGGGGCAACAAUGUUCCUUGUGCUCCUCUUCGCAGCUGCAGCGGCACUCCUAGUGCGCCGCCGUCGUCGUCAAAACAUCAUGGAGAUGGAGGAGGAUUACACAGACUCGGAAGACGAAGGUGAGCCGAUGACGGAGAUCGAGAUGGGGACAGGGCCAAGGCGGUUCCCAUACCACGAGCUCGUGGGCGCCACCAAGAACUUCACCGCGGAGGAGAAGCUUGGGCAAGGUGGCUUCGGCGCGGUAUACCGAGGUUAUCUGAGAGAGCCAGCUGGGCUUGCCGUGGCCAUAAAGAGGUUGGAGUCCUCCAUGCAAGGAAAGAAGGAGUACAAGUCGGAGAUCAAGGUGAUAAGCAGGCUGCGUCACCGGAAUCUCGUGCGGCUGAUCGGCUGGUGCCAUGGCCGCGAUCAGGAGCUCAUGCUGGUCUAUGAGCUCAUGCCGAACCGCAGCCUCGACAUCCAUCUCCAUGGCAAGGGCACAUUCCUUACAUGGCCAAUGAGGAUGAAGAUAUUGCUGGAGCUUGGGUCUGCACUGCUCUACCUCCAUGAGGAGUGGGAGCAAUGCGUGUUGCACCGUGACAUCAAGCCCAGCAACGUGAUGCUCGACGAAUCCUUUGGAGCCAAGCUAGGCGACUUCGGGCUCGCGAGGCUCGUCGACCACGCCGCUGGGAUGCAGACGAUGACCGCAGUCUCAGGCACUCCUGGCUACUUGGACCCCGAGUGCGUGUGCACCGGCAGGGCCAGUGCCGAGUCCGACAUGUACAGCUUCGGAGUGGUUCUAUUGGAGGUGGCAUGCGGCAGGAGACCAAUGAGUAUAAUUGCGGCCGACCAGGACCAGCACAAGAAUGGCGGCGUCUUCAGGCUGGUUGAGUGGGCCUGGGAACUAUACGGCCGGGGAGCCAUCCUCGAGGCCGCUGAUGAGCGGCUGAACGGAAGCUACAACACGGUGGAGGUAGAGAGGGUGAUGGUCGUCGGGCUGUGGUGCGCGCACCCAAACCCAGCCGCGCGGCCGUCCAUCAGGACAGCCAUGGCCACUCUCCAGCCCAAGGUCAACCAAGCCUGCUGCGAGCUGCCGGUGCUUCCUUCAAAGAUGCCGAUGCCGAUGUACGCGCCGCUGUCACCGCCGCUCACCUCAGGCAACGUCGCUGGGGUGUCAUCAUCGUCCUCCUCCACCGUGCAAUCUCUUGCCUUGACCGACGUUGUUGGGAUGUCGUCGAUGAUAUCGUUCAACAUGCCACAGCACACCUCUGGUACCACAUCCUCCGGCGCUAGCACUUCAACAACCAGUUCGAAGACCUCUUCCUCGCUACUGAAACAUCAUCACACGUAGUAAUUUAUGAUCUGAGUAUGAUAUGUUCCCGGAGUGUUGAUGUAAUGCCGCCAGGAUGGGACUGGCAGCAGGAAUGGUCAUCGGUAUGUUCAUGUGGUUGAUAUCCAUAAGAAUGGUUGGGUUUUUAAGUUGGCUUACCAAGCUUAUCACAACCCUCCCCUUUUUUCAGUGUUGGGACCGGCUAUGUUUAUAGAAAAAAAUAAGCAGAGUUCAUGUCAGUAAUAUGCAUGUAGCUGGCCAGAUUGACACUGUAAGCACCAUCAAAGAAGCUCUAUACAAAUUUUAUUUCAGGCUAACAGAGAUUGCCAUGAAAUGAACAGCAAGGAGCAGAGCCCCAUUAUGGAUGGAUCAGCCCACCAACGUAUUGACUCAAACAAAAAAAAAGUGAAACUCAUUAAUAACGAGGUUUAGUCGUUUAGACAUAACCAAGAACACGAACUCAAUAUACGGAUCAACUAUCCAGAGGAGAAUUCUGCCGAAUUUCUGACUUAAAGACAAAGCACUGAACCCUUAUUUUCUUUACUUUCAGAAACCUAAGCCGUACUAAAAACAACCAACAGCCAUUUCGUGGAUAAAAUUCUAGUGGCGCAGACCAACAUUACCUAACCCCACUGGGAAGAAGAAGUAGCCAAGAAAGAAGGUCAUACCAGCAUUGCCAAAGCAUUCCCGACACUGCGCUGCUUCUGAAGAGAUUUCAACUCAUGUCUUGAUGAUGUCUUCUGCACACAUACUGAUACUCAACUUUGGAUUUUCAAUGUUCGAUAACCAUGAUAUGAACAAAUUUCACACAGGAAUUGAUUUGAUUACUGACCCUCAUGGCAGAUUAUUGGUGUUCGUACAGUUAAUAGCCAAUAUG